GCUGGGCGAAGGGCGAAACGUUGGAACAGCCCACUUGAGAAUGUUAACUUGAGUUGAUUUCAAGGAAGAUUUGUUUUCGUGUUUGUAAAUAUCUGACAUGGUUUUCUGAUGUGUUCAAGGUAUAGUUGCAACAGUAUCAAGUUGUACGUGGCCAUUUCCUAUUCUCAUCAUCUCAUAAUCAAAACCAUGGAAAGGAACGGAGUAGCUCGGCCAGGGCGCUGAUGCCAAUGAGGAACGGAGGAAAUACGCAGCGAAAUCCCAGUGUUUUUCUGCACUUGCAGUCAGAGGCGCAUCUUGAGAAACGGAUAAAUGCCCUCGCGUGAAGAGCCGUUGCCGCGAAGAGGAACACAUGUCGUUCUUGGACUGCUCCUGCAUCUCCUCCCACUCUCAGGUCCAGCCAAUCAGCAUAGAGGACCAGUAUGAGGACGUCAGCCAUCAAUGCCUGGGCAGUGAUGUUCCGGUGUGUUCCGUGUCGGGGAGUGAGGAUGACCUCUCAACACUCUCUGCUGACCCCUCCCACUACCAGUUGCUCUCAGAACUGGGAAGGGGGUUCAAUAACAUGAGCUGUGUGAGCAUGGCGCGUCACAAACCCACCGGCCGUCUGGUAGCUGUGAAGACCACCAACCUGGACGAGUGCACAGAGGAGGAGCUGCUGCAUCUACUGAACGAGGUUCUGUUGUCGCGUCUCUUCCGCCACUCUAACCUGCUGACCUCUCGUCUGGUGUUCAGCUCCAACUCCCAGCUCUGGGUCCUCUCUCCACUCAUGGACUACGGUUCUGCUGAGUCUCUCCUCAGGUCCUACUUCCCUGAUGGCAUGAGCGAGUCUCUGAUCGCCUACCUGCUCUACGGCGUCCUCAGAGCGCUCGAGUACCUGCACCACAUGGGCUACGUGCACAGAGGAGUGAAGGCGAGCCAUAUCCUGUUGUCUGCGGAGGGUCGUGUGUGUCUGUCUGGGCUGCAGAGUGUGUACAGUAUGAUGCGGGAGGGCAAGCGCGUGAAGGCCGUGUUCGACAUGCCACAACACAGCCCAGCCCUACUGCCCUGGCUCAGCCCAGAGCUGCUACGACAGGAUCUCCAUGGUUACGGUGUGAAGUCGGACAUCUACAGCCUGGGCAUCGUGGCCUGUGAGCUGGUUAGUGGCAGAGUGCCCUUUCAGGACAUGCCCCCCACCCUGAUGCUGCUGCAGAAGCUGCGAGGGUCCCACUGCUGCCUGCUGGACGUGCCGUUGGGAGAGCUGGGAGGGCUGAAGGUGUCACGCUCGGGGGUCGACUCCGGCAUCGGCGAAAGCGUCGCCACCGGCAGCCUGACCCGUACCGCCACCGCGGAUAGACCACAGAGCCCCGGACCCAAGAACCACUCGGCCACCCUACACAACCUGGUGCAGCUCUGCUUACAGCACCAGCCUGAGAACAGACCCUCAGCUUCUGUUCUCCUUGGCCACGCCUUCUUCAAGCAGGUGAAGAGGCACACUCGGGACUCCUUCCUCAGUCUGAUGUACCCGGCGUUGCCCCUGUCCAGCCCCCCCGACACCCCUCCGUCCUGUCCGACCACACCGUCCUCACACACCCCGUCCCCCACUGAGGAGACCCCAGACGGGCUCUGGGACUUCCCAGCCCCCCCCAUCCCCCCUCCUCACCUGCCACUUGAUGAAGAUCAGCUUCUGCUAUCUAUCUCUCCCUUUUUCCCCUUCAUAAAGAUCAGAUUGCUCUACCUAUCAUUAGCUCUUCCCCUUCAUAAAGAUCAGCUUGCUCUAUCUAUCUCUGCCUCUUUCCCCCACACACACACACACACACACACACUCUCUCUGUAGGAUGUCCCAGCCCCCUGGUGUGUUUCCUCUCCUCCUCUAACCCGCUCUCCUCUCCUUCUCAAGCUGCUUCGAUUCCUUCUGUCUCGCUCUACGAUGACCUUGCAUAGCCCUCUCCUAUCUAUCUCCCCCUCUUCCCUCUCUCUCUCUCUCUGUCUCUCUUUCUCUCUCUCUCUCUCUCCACUGGUCCCUGCUGUAGAGGGGCUCGUCCCCAGACACUCCUCCAGUGUGCCUCUCUCCCUCCCUCUCUCUCUCUCUCCACUGGUCCCUGCUGUAGAUGGGCUCAUCCCCAGACACUCCUCCAGUGUGCCUCUCUCUCUCUCUCUCUCCACUGGUCCCUGCUGUAGACGGGCUCGUCCCCAGACACUCCUCCAGUGUGCCUCUCUCCCUCCC